AUGAGUCCUGAGAAAACUGAGAGAAAUAAGGAUGACAAAAGGGAAGAAGCAGCUGCUCCUUGUUUUUCUAACAUCUGUCCCAUCUGUCCCCGGCUGCACCUCACCCUUCGGGGGCUCGAACUAGCUAAACGUGGAUAUGACAAGGAGGCAUUUCUGAAGGCUGGCUGGCCCCAGCUCCUGCUCGGGUCCCCGCAGACCGGAGUCUGGAAGCCGCCGGCGUUCGCGCUCCUUGCAGGGCCGGGCUGCGCGCGCCCGAGAGAGCCCCGCCCCCAAAGCGGGCGAGGCCACGCCCCCUCCCGGUCCUUCCCGCGGAGGAGUCGGUUCCACUUCAAGUACAGGCUUCGGGGCGGGGCCAGGGGGGCGCAGGCGCAGUGGGCGGCGGAAGUAGCGACGAGGGGAAGAAGGAGGCAGGAAAGGGGCCGCCGCCUCCGCCGCCUCCGCCGCCUCCUCCGCCUCCCGCGGGAAGCUCCCGGCCGCCGCGCGUGCCGCCCGCUCAGGCCCCUCCCCUCCCCGCCCCUCCCCGCCCCUCCCCCGCCCGGGAGCGGCCAGGCGCUGCUUUCCUCUCCGCCCGCCGAGAUGGCGCUCGACCCCGCAGAGCAGCAUCUCAGACAUGUUGAAAAAGAUGUUUUGAUCCCUAAAAUAAUGAGAGAAAAAGCCCGAGAGAGAUGUUCUGAACAAGUUCAAGAUUUUACCAGAUGUUGCAAGGACUCUGGAAUCCUUAUGGUAGUAAAAUGCCGGAAAGAAAAUUCUGCAUUGAAAGAAUGUCUAACUGCUCAUUAUAAUGAUCCAGCAUUUUAUGAAGAAUGCAAAAUGGAAUACCUGAAGGAAAGAGAAGAAUUCAGAAAAACUGGAAUUCCUUCCAAGAAAAGGCUGCAGAAGCUUCCUACAAGCAUGUAGGCAAACACUCUGAUACUCAGAAGCUCUGAUACUCCUGGAAAUCAUCACCUGAAAUAAUGGACUCAAAGAAGUAUUUGCUUUGUCCUAAGUUAUGGAAAUAUUAAUUUUAUCUGGAAUAAAGAUUUUUUUUUUUUAAAUUUCAAAGUCAGGUUUAUCAGAAGGGAUGAGAAUAGUAAAUAGUGAAAUGGGAUAUGAUCUACAUGGUUGUCAUGGAUAUUUUGUAAAUUUUUCCACAAUCACAUUUGUAGAACAGUAAUACUGAGCUUUAGGGUUCUAUAUAGACCUUGUAUUACUUUCAUCCAGUGUGUAGACUAAUGGCUAAUCAUAGGGACCAGAAGUAAUCAAAGUUGGAAAGGAUAAUUGUCAAAGGUGUAAAUAACGUAGGAUAGAAUAGUGACGAAUCAGAAUCCUUCCUCGUUCUGUCACUUACUAGUUAUGUAACCAUGGAAAUAAUUUUCAUAGUUACAGUGAGGAUUAUUGCAGGUAAGUAGAGUAUGUAGGGCAGUGCUUCAGAUGUGGUAAAUGGCUCUUUAAUGGUUGUUAUUAAUGGUAGUAAAUGAUUAUUUGGAAAUAGAUGAAAAAAGUACAUGAAUUUAAUUUUACUUACAAGUUUGAUGGAAAAUUUCCUAAAAUGAAUUAUAUUUCCUUGACUGUUAAUUUGGCUGCUGAAAAUAUUUUAAUGAUUUCAGGAGCUAAUGUAAAAAAAAAUUACCUGGAACCAAUAACUUGAUUCCAGGUUGAGUUUUUUUAAUAUUAAAAAUUGCUUUUCUUCCA